AUGCCAGAUCACAGGUGUGUAUUGAAAAAUGAAGAUUCGGAAAAUUUGCUGAAAUCGAAAUCGUGGACAAAAGGACACGAGAGGAAAAGUGAUAAAAAAUCACGACAGUUUUAUUUGAUAGGAAUUUUCACAUUGACGUGUUGCAUAGCCGCGUAUUUUCAUUUGUAUCGAUGGAGCACUCAUUCUCACAGCGCUAAUUUCCUGGAUAAUUUUUCGAUAAGUUUAGGAUUAAAAAAUUACGUUCAUUCCAUUGUGAUAGAUGCCGGAAGUACGGGUUCGAGAAUAUUAUCCUACGGAUUCGUGUCCUCGCCCGAAAGGAAAAGUCUCAAAUUACACAAGGAAUUUUUCCGGGAAAUCAAACCGGGUAUAAGUUUUUACGCGGAUAGACCAAACGAAGUCGUCAAAUCCUUAGAAUUUUUAAUAACGGAAGUUAAAAAAUUCAUACCGGAAAAAGACUGGUCGAAAACUUGGUUGCUCAUGAAAGCGACGGCCGGACUCAGAUUGCUACCGGAAACGAAAGCGAACGCAUUGCUUCGCGAAGCUAAAAAUUACAUAGAAAAACAAGAAUUUAAAAUCCGGGAAGAUUCCGUCGGGAUAAUGGACGGAACGGAUGAAGGGUUAUUAUCUUGGUUUACCGUUAAUUUUCUAUUAGGUAAAUCGUCAAACACGGUCGUAGCAAUGGAUCUCGGUGGUGGUUCGACACAAAUUUCGUUCGUGCCAUCGAAAAAGGAUGAAAUAAUUCCGGAACAAUCGCAAUACGUUUCAAAAAUUGGAAUAUUCGAGAAAAAUUUAAACGUGUAUAGUCGUAGUUACCUCGGAUUGGGUUUGAACGAGGGUAGGAAAAGGAUUUUCUUGAAAGAAUUACAAGAAUCGAACAAUGUGAAAUCCUCUUGUAUAAAUCCGUCGGUUAAAAAGUAUUGGAAAUAUGGCGGAGUGGAUUACACGAUACAAGUGCAAAAAACGAUGGGAAUGAAUCCCGUUGUGGAUUUCGACGAGUGCGAAAAAAUCGUCAAAUCCGUCGUGUCGGAAUUUGAAAAAUCUCCCGCAUUGGACGGAAAGGAAAUCUACGCAUUUUCCUACUAUUACGAAAAAGCAUCCGAAAGCGGAUUAGUCGAUUUCGGAUCGAAUAGUAAAGUGACGAUCAAUGAUUUAGAAUCGACGGCGAAAUCCGUUUGUUCAAAUUCAUACGUCAAUCAACCGUUCAUAUGUUUAGAUUUGAUUUACAUCACGGCUCUCUUUCGAGACGUUUUCGGAAUAACAAAUUCAACGAAAAUUAACUUAGUUAAAUAUUUAGACGGACACGAAGUUAGUUGGGCACUUGGAGCCGCUUUUCUCAGCUUGCAAAAUCAAAUGUAA